AUGCCACCCAUCUGGCAGAUGUCGUCUCCGACGCCCGACCUGGCGGAAGUCCAUGCCAAGCAUAUGCGCCUCUUCUCGCGGCUCUUCGCAUUCCGCAGGAAGCUCCUCCUGGUUGGCCGGGAGGAGCUGGUGCUUUUCUCCUUUGCCCGGGACCUCGGGCUCCGUGGGCCGCUGGACACCCCGUCGGUCGUCAAGUUUCCGGUCAAAGUCGGCGAGGAUGACCGACUGGAGCCCUCCCUCCCGGACGGGGUCGUGUUUUUGGUGUCGGAGACCCAGCAAAUCGCCUAUUGCCUGGAUCUGCGCACGGAACUCUCCAAGCACUCCCUUCUGAGGCAGAGCGACUUCCCCUCCCGCAUGACCAUCUCGCCCUUCUGGUCCGUGCGCCAUGAGAAUGCCAUCUACUUUCGGCGAUCGAUCCACAACCAGCAUGUGGUGGCGGCGUUCCUGAGCCCCGAGAGCCCCGCGAAUCCGGCCCGCGCGCUCUUCACCUCGGCCACGGAGUUUGUCUUCACCCAGCCGGUCUCCAAAGACACCCAGCCCUUCACCCUCCAGUCCGCCGAUGGCACGGUCACCAAGUGGACGGACAUUUCACAUAGCGCGCUCUUUCAGCGGGUGGCCAUCAUCCCCUCCGACAAGAUCUUCGACCGGCGCACCAAUGCCAUCCUCGACGCCACGUGGUUUUCCAUCCAUGACUCGGUCCUGCUGGGGUACAAGUUUGACCCCGGAGCCACCACCAGCUUCCCGCGACUGGCGCGAUUGGUGAACCUCGGCGCGCGGAACCUUCAGUUUGAGUUUGACCCGGCGCCCCAUCGCCCGGGCGACCUGCUGAUGAAGAUGCUUUGCCACCAGCUGAAAAUCACCUUCUCCCUGACCGAAUCCGACACCAACGACUGUGGCUUCAUCUGUGCCCAGACCCCUGUCAGCCUGGACGAGGCCCCCGCGUCGACCCCCCGGCUGAGCAGCUUCCACCAGGGGUGCAGCUCGAGUGGCACCUUCUGCACUCUCCGGGACCAGUUUUACUCCAUCCGCAGUGGGAGCCUCAGCUGCCGCGAGCUCAUGAUUUCCAAGAAGGGGAAUCUGAUCAUGGGCCGCGAGGCGCCGGAGCGUCGCCUCCCCGCCGGGGCGACCCGCAUCUUCAGCUUCUCCCAGCGCGUGGCCGUCGUCUCCAAUGAACGAGUCACCUUCCUGCCGUUGGUCGGCGACAAGGAGUCCUCCAUCACGCUGGAUGAGCAAAUUCACUCGGUCUUUGGGCUUCGCGGCCAGCUGGACAACAUGGCCAUCGUCACUUCCGGGGGGAUACACUUUUUCCGCCACCAGAACAAGGAGAACUACGUCCCCCUUGGCGGCCGGCCGUGGCGCCUUUGUGGCCAAACCAACGACGGGAACAUUGUCAUUCACUUCGCCGAUGGCUCCUUCGAUAUCUUUUCAUUCGCCGGGGGCGUCCAGCGCGUGCACAUCCCCCACACGGCGAGGGACAAGUCCGCUCGGCCGGAUGCCGACCGUGGGACCUGGCUCUCGCCUUGGGACAAUCUCUUCUGGGUCAGUCUCCUGGAGGAUGGGAGUUUCCUCUUCCGCAUGGUCCCACAGGAUCGCUCCGACGGCGACCCCCUGGACUACCUCCCGUCGGUGCUGGGUUUCCGCCUGAAGUUCGGGCCCCUGGACACUGAUCAGGGCGGGUCCGACUCGUCGGACGCCGGCAACUCGGCGCCCCACCAGGACCUCAGCUAUGCGGGCGACAGCGGCAGCGUCUUCCAAUCGCCCGGGGCCUCUCCUUCCAUGUCGAGCUUCUCGUGGAACGGCCCGGCGCAGUAUCUCUCGGGCUCCUACGCCGGGCCUCGGCUCCUUGAGGGGACCGUGGCCUCCGGCGCCGCCGUCCUGACGACGGAGCCCUCCAGCGUGAUCUUCGCCUGCCAUGAAGGCAGCCGCUAUUGCGUCCUCAGGCUCGGCAGCCAGAUGGUCCUUCUCACCGAGGCCCAAGUGGCGCGGCUCUUCCUGCUGGACUAUGCCAAGAAGAACGAGUGUGUGAUGCGCUGCCCCUUGGUGCUUCUCGGCCACCGGGAGCGCCUGGUCGGCGGUAUUUGCACCACGGCCGAUGCCCUGCAGCCGACCGUCGUCCUUGAGACCGGCAACCGGGACUACCCCUUCCGGACGGCGGUAUUCGUGCGCGAUGGGCCAACCAACUUGGUCACCGCUUUCCCCUGGCCCGAUGCUUGA